AUUAAUUAAUUAUAAUAAAAAUUAAUGGAUCUUUUAAAGAAACUUACUGAUUUGGAUAACUGGAACUUUGUUCAAGAAAAAGACAAGGUAAAAUUGUAUGAUAAUACAACGGAUUCAGUGCUUUUUGUUCGUGGUGAUGCAAAGCUGGAGGGUCAUGCGUUUACACCAGAACAGAUGGCUAUUGUUGUUACAUUUCUGGGUACCAGAACUCAUUGGGAUCCAUACAUUGAUAAUGGUUACGUGUUUCCCUAUGAACACUCUCGAUUCGAAUCUCUCUUUGUGGCGGAUCUGAAUACCGUACCGCGUCGUCGCUUGUCUUGUGUCUGUGUUCGAGAGAUAAAGAAAGAUGUAUGCUAUAUCGCCAUGAGCUCAGUGGAGGACCCUCGUAUCCCCAUGCCAGACUCUGUACGAGCAGAUUUGCUAGUGUCAGGCUGGCGUAUUCAAAAAACCGAGACAGGUCUGGAUGUGAGUUAUAUCACAAAUAUUGAUUUAAAAGGGUGUGUGUUGGACGAAUUGAGACAACAGGUGCCGCUUUGUGUUGGUAAAGCAGUGGAGUAUGCUGAAAAGAAUGGUUGUCCGCCUACCCUGACGGUGUGUACUGCGCAAUGCAAGUACGAAAACUUUUUCUCUGGUCGGAAUUCUUACAUGGCUAUUUUGGAAGGGCCUGGACAUUGCAGUUGGAUCAUUUCGAAAAAGAUGUAUCCCCUUGGAAUGAGUGUCAGAAUUAAAGGGGAUGUUGAGUACCGAAUGGGGGAUGAAGAAUUCAGCAUAAGCGAAAUGAAGGGUCGAGUGGAAGUGUACAUAAAUUGUGUGGGUAAAAAAUUUGCCCGGGAAGCAGGUGUGCGUGUAUAUAACCCAGAGAUUUACAAGAAAAUGCCACCAAUUCAUUACUAAAUCAGAAUCGGUCAUUUAUUUUUCCGCAGCCAAUUUACAUGUUUUACCCGUGUGUACAGAAAGGUGGCGUCAACAUAUGAGAUGGGAGAAUGCUGAGCGAUAUUAUUUUUUAUGUACACACCAACUAAGAAAAAUCCAUAUUUGGAAGGCUUUUUGAAUCAAAAAAAUAAAGUUCAAUACUUGAUGGUCAAAUAAAAAAUAAAGUUGUAGUUACAUUGCACCACAGUCUCACAUUUACUGG